UAUUAUUUCCCCCAUAGUUGUGGUGGGAGCUGGUAAGGUGGGUUAACUCCAGCUCAAGUCUCCGUGAAGCGCAGAGCUCUGAUGACGUUGGGUUGGAUGACCAAUCGGGAGGCGCUGCCCUUUGGAGACAAACCAUUUUACUUGUAGUGUCUGCAUCAAGUCUGGAAGCAAGGGCUCAAUUUUAACAGAAUCCACCUAAAAAUCUCGCCCUUAACUUAUGUCUACCUUCCGCCACUUUGGGUGAGAAUAUCACAGGACAAGGGGGGAAUAAAGACGCGUGUGGAAAAUCCGGGUGUUAAUAGGACAAUAUCUGUUCCGCGGUGGAGAGGGGGAGAGAGACAACAGCACAGCGAGAGAGAGAAAACCGAUUUGGUCUUGAGAGAGAGGGGGGUGAGUGCUCUCAAGGCAGAAAAUUCGAUGAUGACCAUGACUACGAUGGCUGACGGUCUGGAGCCUCAGGACUCGUCCAAGUCUGCGUUCAUGGAGUUUGGGCAGCAAGCGCACUCACAGCAGAGCUCCCCGUCGAUGGCCGGCGGACACUACCCGCUGCACUGUCUCCACUCCGGCUCACACGCGCACCACCAGCACGACAAUACCGCGUACACCGGGACCAACACCUACAACAGGUCGUUACCCUACCCAUACGUGAGCCACGCGCACCACAGCCCGUACCUGCCGUCGUAUCACAACAACACGGGAGGACAGACAAGGUUAGACGGCACAGAGCAGCAGAAAACGACGGUGAUUGAAAAUGGGGAAAUUCGUUUUAAUGGGAAAGGCAAGAAGAUUCGCAAACCUCGGACAAUUUAUUCCAGUUUGCAGCUGCAAGCACUGAACCACCGUUUCCAGCAAACACAGUACCUCGCUUUACCGGAGCGCGCGGAGCUGGCUGCCUCUCUGGGACUGACGCAAACCCAGGUAAAGAUCUGGUUCCAGAACAAGAGGUCAAAGUUCAAGAAGCUGCUCAAACAAGGCGGCAACCCGCACGAGAGCGACCCCAUCCCGGGUUCCAUGUCACUCUCCCCGCGCUCCCCGACCAUCCCUCCAAUCUGGGACGUCUCGGCCUCUUCCAAAGGAGUUAACAUGCCGGCCAACAGCUACAUGCCCGGCUACUCUCACUGGUAUUCCUCCCCACAUCAAGAUUCAAUGCAGAGAUAGACUCGUGAAGAGGCAGAGGAGGCCUCUCCAUGCAGUUUAAUUUUUUUUCUCCAACGUAGCCUACAAUUUGUGUGAGCGCAGAGACUGGAGAGAAAAGGAGAGAUAACCCUUUUUUGCUGCUCUGCUGAGGGAUAAAACUGCAGCCAAUCCUCGGUGUGAAGACACAAACAAGGGAACUAACCUGUUGUUUUUUAAGCUGUUGAGUGGGCUCGCAUAUUUGUUAUGCUUUCAUUCAUGUCAACAUCUGAACGUCAAUAUACCAAAUAUAUUCAGUGACAUUUUGGCCACUUUUUGGGGGCAAGGACUGCGAACUCUUCAUGCGCUUUUGCGCCCAGAACUUCAGCCAUGAUGGACUCCUGACUGCUUUUAUUUUUGGUUUGUUUCCCCAACAUGCAAAAGCAAGCAAAUUGUCUGUCUGUAAAUAUAAUCUGCGAUUUUGGUUGUACAUACACUUUUUAUGUUUUGUCAGAAUGAGUAAACCGUGACUC